AUGAACCGGCGCAGCAAGACAUCGAGCCCAACACCCGGUUCACCGCGACCUGCGGUGAAGAAUAUCCUCAAAAGUGUCGAGAGCCAUGUUCGCCUGAUGUCCCACCUCGAAAACACGUCCACUUCCUCCAGCUACACUGCCCUGCGCCUCAAGAACGCGCAGACGGAGAAGUGGUCAGACCCGUUCAACGUCACGCGUGUUCAUCGCGCUACCCCGACAGACACCUUCUACCAGGAUGUCAUCGCCCCAUGCGUGGCAAACUGCAUGGCGGGACAAAGUUAUCUCUUCUUAGUGAGCGGCCCAUGCGAGAGCGGCCGCAGUCAGACGCUCUACGGCAGCCCACACCACAGCGAGAAGGGCAUCAUUGAGUUCGCUGCGGAGGAGCUGUUGCGCUACGCCGCAAUGCCGCUGAGCGGUGGUGAUGGUGAUGCCAACAGCAGGAACCGCGCGACGGUAACGCACUCGGCAUUUGUCACGCGUGGGGCGCAGAUCAUCGAGACAGUAAGCGGUGAGUCAGUGCNGAGAAGGGCAUCAUUGAGUUCGCUGCGGAGGAGCUGUUGCGCUACGCCGCAAUGCCGCUGA